GUCUGCGCAACCUUUUAGGUUUAGAACCAUCCACAGCCAACCUCUCAUCUCCCUCUACGACUGCUGAAUCGUCGAGUUGUUGGCCAUAGGUUGCUCCCAUCGCAACAGCCGGAAGCCUGAAGCCCACAUCUCUACUUCAGCCAUCUCCAUUGAACCCCGCCAAGCUAGGUUGAUGGAGCCAAAAUGAAUUUCGAUGAUGAUGAUGACAAUGGAGCUGGUUCCCCAGAUACGAGUUCGGAGAACGACAACGACGAGAUGAUGGAAGACGUUGACGAUGGGGAUGCGGACGCUGAUGCUGAUGGAGACGGCGAUGGGGAUGGUGAUGAUGGAGAAAAUGACGAAGACGAUGGAGAUGGCGAAAAUGAUGACGAUGAGCAGGACGAUGCAGAUACUCCCUCUCAGUCCCAAAGACCACGAAGUAGUCUUCCAAAUGGAGGGACCCCGGGCCCUUCGCGGACCAGCACGAAUCCUACUGUCAUGUUGACUUCGCCCUCUCCUAGAGCGGCUUCGAUAUUAGCUGGAGGUGGUCUGCCUUUUAGGCCUAGUGUCCGCGUCGAGGCCCUUAAUGCACCCGUCUACGACAUCGUCCCUACUAUCGCUGCUCCCCACAGCACCUCCAUAAAUGCGAUUACAGGCACACCGGAUAUGCGAUGGAUAUUCAGUGGGGGCGCAGACGGCUACAUCAGGAGGUUUAAUUGGGUGGAUACUGCUAACGGGAAGUUGGCUCUCACGGUGGCGCAACGGCAUCCGUUCGUGGACAGUGUCACAAAAGCCGGGGUGCUUCUGAGCUAUUGGGAGAAUGAGGAGCCUUCGGAUCGGAAUAUGAACGAGGAUUCCGUCAGUCUCUCCCCAGUUUACUCUCUUGCCGUACACCACCAAUCGCUUUGGCUGUUGUCUGGUCUGGAUUCCGGUGGCAUAAAUUUGCAGUCUGUCCGUCACGAAGAGGGGAAACGCAUUACCACUCUCCGCCAGCAUACAUCAGCGGUUUCGGUGUUGACUUUAUCGCAAGAUGAGAAAUCUGUGCUUUCCGGAAGCUGGGACAAAACGAUCAAUGACUGGGACCUCAAUACUGGCCAAGUCAAACGGCGAUUCGAGACUAGCGGAGGUCAAAUAUCCGCCAUUGAGCAACGUCCGCUUUCUAGCCUCCCUAUUCCACAGGACACUGAAACCGUGCCCCUGUCUAACGGAACAUUUUCCUCUAACAACGCCUUGCGCCCGUCACUGAACGGUAUUAAUUCCAACAGUUUCAGCUCCUCGUUGCGCGCAAACCAAGCGAAAGACGAGAACGGUAAUGAAGAUGCGCCAGGUUCCCCUGACGACUCUCUGUUUGGGGAUAGUAACUCCCUAUUUGGAGACGAUAAGGAUCCUUCUAGUAAUCCAUCAGCCCUCGCGCCCUUCGGAGACGACGAUGAAGACGAAUUCUCAAGAGCUAUUGCCAACGGGAUACAGCAACAAGCUGAUGAAGAUGCCCAAGCCGACCUCGACAUGAUGGAUGUUGGUGGACCGGUACAGCCACCAUUACCUGCCAACGAGACUUCGGCCUCUGCGCAAGUCGAGCCUAUAGCCAACGGCGUCAGUAAUAGUCAUUCAACCAUGAACAUGAAUGGCCUUCCUCAUUCCGACGAAGGACCAACUGUCAGCGCAGGUGGUGCAACUGGCCAAGCAGAACAGCCAAUUUCAUCCGAAACCACCUUUGUCGAUGCCUCCCACGAUGGCACCUUACGCAUUUGGGAUCGCCGGCAGCCAAACCCGGUCGCUCGUAUCGUUCCUCCAAGGUCUACGCCUCCCUGGUGUAUGAACGCCUGCUGGUCUCCAGAUGGAAACUUCAUAUAUGCCGGAAGAAGGAAUGGCACGGUGGAUGAAUACAGUUUGCACAAAGGUCUCAGAGAGCCCCGAAGAACAUUCAAGUUCCCCGGUGUCAGUGGCGCCGUGAGCGCCGUCCGGGCAAUGCCGAAUGGAAAACACCUCGUUUGCGCAUCAUAUGACAUUCUUCGGCUGUACGAUUUGCGUGAACACGACACGAAACAUUCUGCAGUGCCAUAUUUAAUCGUUCCAGGACACCGGACGGGAGUUAUUUCGCAACUUUAUCUUGACCCUACCUGUUCGUUUAUGAUUUCCACCGGCGGAAAUCGCGGGUGGGACGGGGCCACGACAGAGGUGCUACUUGGUUAUGAGAUAGGCAUUGGGGCUUGAUUUUCUUUAAUUAUACCCGGGGGUACGGCGUUAUGGGACCAUUUAGGAUCAUAUUUGGGAAUGCGCCCAGAAGGCUUCUGCCGUAACGAAAUCUACAAGCUAUGGAUGAUUGCGUUCUAUCAACAGGAAAGCUCAUGUAACCCGAAAAAGGAAAUAGGAGCGCCUAG